AGGAUAUUACCUUCUCGUUUUUUAUCAUUAGUCAAUUCUUUAACAGUAUCACCCACUUUUAUGGUGAUUCCUUUUCUGUCAGUAGCGACCUGCUCAAGACGACUGAGUUUCAACUUAGAUGCAAUACCCGAUGGUUUAACAUUUAUGAAUCUUCCGUCAGAAGUGAGCACUUGGAAGAGGUCUUUUUCUGUUUUAAGGAUUACUCCCACGGUAGAAGCACUCAACUCAACCAAAUCUUUGAUUUCAUAUUUGCUAUCACUUGACGCUACAGUCAGUGAUGUGUCAGUGGCUUUGAUCAAAUAG